GCGGUGGAGUCGCUGUGUCCCGGCGGCGUGGCGUGGAGCCCCCGCCGGGGCCGCGGGAACGAGCGCUACGCGGAACUGCUACUCCCAGAGCAGCCCGGGCCCCCCAUCUCCGCCCCGCCGUGCUCUCAGGCUCCGAGCACUACAACUCCCGGCAUGCCGUGAACUUGACGGCCGCGCCUCCCGGGCGGAGUCCGGCCCUCCCAGCCGCCCUGCUCCCCCGCCCUGUCCCAGCCGCUCCUCCGACCGCGCGCGGAGCUGGGGCGCGAGCCAUGGAGGAGACACCGCCCCCGCUGCUGGGCAGCAACAAGCCGCACCUGGAGAAGCUGACCUUGGGGGUCACCCGCAUCCUAGAAUCAUCCCCAGGUGUGACAGAGGUGACCAUCAUAGAAAAGGCACCUGCUGAACGUCAUAUGAUUUCUUCAUGGGAACAAAAAAAUAACUGUGUGCUGCCUGAGGAUCUGAAGAACUUUUACCUGAUGACCAAUGGCUUCCACAUGACAUGGAAUGUGAAGCUGGAUGAACAUACCAUUCCAUUGGGCAGCAUGGCAAUUAACAGCAUCUCAAAACUGACUCAACUCAACCAGUCUUCCCUGUACUCACUUCCUAACGCACCAACUCUUGCAGACCUGGAGGACGAUACACAAGAAGCUAGUGAGAACCAGCCAGAGAAGCCUCACUUUGAUUCUCGCAGUGUAAUAUUUGAGCUGGAUCCUUGCAACGGGAAUGGGAAGGUUUGCCUUGUCUACAAAAGAGGGAAACCAGCAUUAGCACAAGACACUGAGAUCUGGUUCCUGGACAGAGCAUUAUACUGGCAUUUUCUCACAGAUACCUUUACUGCCUAUUAUCGCCUGCUUAUCACCCACCUGGGCCUGCCCCAGUGGCAGUAUGCUUUCACCAGCUAUGGCAUUAGCCCACAGGCCAAGCAAUGGUUCAACAUGUAUAAACCCAUCACCUACAACACAAACCUACUCACGGAAGAGACCGACUCCUUUGUGAACAAGCUGGAUCCCAGCAAAGUGUUCAAGAGCAAGAACAAGACCUUAAUCCCCAAAAAGAAAGGGUCUGUUCAGCCUGCAGGUGGCCAGAAAGGGCCCACAGGUCCUCCUUCCACCUCUAGAUCCUCCUCUGGCUCUGGAAACCCUGUCCGAAAAUGAGCGCCCCACCUCCAGCUCCCUGCCAGCCCCACAGCGACGAUUUCCAUACACAGAUGCCCCAGGCGUGGCCCAAGCCUCAGAUUCUGUGUGUGGAACCAUAGUCCUCUCCCCAUCUGAGUGACAAAAUCCUAGGCCUUUUACUGCCAUUGGCUUGAGCCAGGAGUUGGAAGGGCCUACUCAGGUCUCCCCAAGAAUCCUUCCCUCAUACCCCUUACAGCAGGUUGUGCCACCUACUGAUUCUGGAAGCUGUGGCAAAUGUAAGGUGUUGUGUAAGUGACUAAGUAGAUCUGUUAAGAGCUUUCUUCUCUUUCUACUCCAACCCCCUACCCUUCAGCAGUAAUUAGAGAAGUCCCCCAUAGAAACCACUGGUUUUGACCUAUGAGGCAUUAGAACUACGCUGCUCAAUUGGUAGCCACUUUUUAAAGCAGCUAAAUUUAAGCCAUGUUAAAAAUUCAGUUCCUCAGUUAUAUUAGCCACAAUGGGAGUAUUCAUGUGGCUAGUGGAUUCUGUAUUAGCACAGAGAUGAUGAAACAUUUCUGUAUCAUCACAGAAAGUUCUAUUGGGCAGCACUGCAUUAGAAUACUUCUGCAUUACCCUUCCUCAGAUCAGUUAAUUUUUGUUAGAGAAUAUUGAUACCUUAAUUUGAUGGGUUAUAAUGUUCCAGGAAAAACCUUGAAUAUACAUUUUUAUGUUCUUUAUAUCCUUUACCACAAACAGAUCUUGCUUUGCUCAUUUUCAGUUUCCUAUAGUUUCUCAUCUUCAUCGGUUUCCUAUAAAGUUUCUUGUUUCCAGUUUUGUGAUGUGAUAGUUGCACAUUUGCCAAAAUUAUCUUUAUCACUUUUUUUUUAAAAGAAGAGGUGAUUCUGCUGUACCAUUAAAACCAAAACAAAACAAAACCUCCCAAGCAUUGCUUUGCCAGGACUCUUCAUGCAGAGUUUUGAUGAAAUCAGUCACUGUUGACAAGAGCCUCCACCUGCUCUGCCUACUCACAACUGCUCAACAAUUCAUGGGGUAGCAGAAAAGGAUAGAGAGGAACCAAGUUGUCAAGGAUAAUAGCUGAGGUUUAGUCUUCCAGAAGCAUUUUUCUGCCAAAACUCAUCAAAGGGAGAACCAGCAGUGCCAGAUAAGAGAUUCCAGCAUUUGGCUGCCUCCCCAAGUCAGGGUUGGAAGGGGAUUGAGAAGUUGUGUCAUCUUCCACUGUGGCAGGUGUCCUUCCUCUAGAGAUCAUGGAGCCCCUGAAUUAUUUCUUAAGUCCUGGUCCAGCUCUGGAUUUCAUAAAUGAAGCAGCAGAGGAGCCAUGAAACAAUGGCACCCUUCAAAUCAGUGACAAUCAGGUGGAAUCCCCAAAGGGCUGUAGACAAAAGGGGGUUCCAAGGAAAGGUUUGAAACCUGCCUCAGGAGGAGCAGAGCACUCAAGAGCAUGAAUGGCUACCCAAUAUGUAGGACCCAGUGCAGAAUGAAAAUGUGGGGGCCUUUGUCCAAAAAUCAGAUAAACAGUACCAUUAAAAGUACUAAUACGGAGUAGCAAUUCUCAUAUUAGACAAAAUAGACUUUAAAAUAAAGACUAUUACAAGAGACAAGGACACUACAUAAUGAUCAAGGGAUCAAUCCAAGAAGAAGAUAUAACAAUUGUAAAUAUUUAUGCACCCAAUAUAGGAACACCUCAAUAUCUAAGGGAAAUGCUAACAGCCAUAAAAGGGGAAAUCAACAGUAACACAAUAACAGUAGAGGAAUUCAACACCCCACUUUCACCAAUGGACAGAUAAUCCAAAAUGAAAAUAUAAAUAAGGAAACACAAGCUUUAAAUGACACAUUAAACAAGAUGGACUUAAUUGAUAUUUACAGGACAUUCCAUCCAAAAACAACAGAAAACACUUUCUUCUCAAGUGCUCACGGAACAUUCUCCAGGAUAGAUCAUAUCUUGGAUCACAAAUCACGCCUUGGUAAAUUUAAGAAAAUUGAAAUCAUAUCAAGUAUCUUUCCUGACCACAAUGCUAUGAGACUAGAUAUCAAUUAUAGGAAAAAAAUCUGUAAAAAAUACAAAUACAUGGAGGCUAAAAAACACACUACUAAAUAACCAAGAGAUCACUGAAGAAAUCAGAGAAAAUCAAAAAAUACCUAGAAACAAAUGACAAUGAAAACACAACGACCCAAGACCUAUGGGAUGCAGCAAAAGCAGUUCUAAGAGGGAAGUUUACAGCAAUACAAUCCUACCUCAAGAAACAAGAAAAAUCUCAACCUAACCUUACACUUAAAGCAGUUAGAGAAAGAACAAAAAAACCCCAAAGUUAGCAGAAGGAAAGAAAUCAUAAAGAUCAGAUCAGAAAUAAAUGAAAAAGAAAUGAAGGAAAUGAUAGCAAAGAUCAAUAAAACUAAAAGCUGGUACUUUGAGAAGAUAAACAAAAUUGAUAAACCAUUAGACUCAUCAAGAAAGAAAGGGAGAAGACGCAAAUCAAUAGAAUUAGAAAUGAAAAAGAAGUAACAACUGACCCUGCAGAAAUACAAAGGAUCAUGAGAGAUUACUACAAGCAAUUAUAUGCCAAUAAAAUGGACAACCUGGAAGAAAUGGACACAUUCUUAGAAAAGCAUAACCUUCCGAGACUGAACCAGGAAGAAAUAGAAAAUAUAAAGAGACCAGUCAAAAGCACUGAAACUGAAACUGUGAUUAAAAAUCUUCCAGCAAACAAAAGCCCAGGACCAGAUGGCUUCACAGGCGAAUUCUAUCAAACAUUUAGAGAAGAGCUAACACCUAUCCUUUUCAAACUCUUCCAAAAUAUAGCAGAGGGAGGAACACUCCCAAACUCAUUCUAUGAGGCCACCAUCACCCUGGUACCAAAACCAGACAAAGAUGUCACAAAGAAAGAAAACUACAGGCCAAUAUCACUGAUGAACAUAGAUGCAAAAAUCCUCAACAAAAUACUAGCAAACAGAAUCCAACAGCACAUUAAAAGGAUCAUACACCAUGAUCAAGUGGGGUUUAUCACAGGAAUGCAAGGCUUCUUCAGUAUACACAAAUUAAUCAACGUGAUACACCAUAUUAACAAAUUGAAGGAGAAAAACCAUCAUCUCAAUAGAUGCAGAAAAAGCUUUUGACAAAAUUCAACACCCAUUUAUGAUAAAAACCCUCCAGAAAGUAGGCAUAGAGGGAACUUACCUCAACAUAAUAAAGGCCAUAUAUGACAAACCCAACAUCGUUCUCAAUGGUGAAAAACUGAAACCAUUUCCUCUAAGAUCAGGAACAAGACAAAGGUGCCCAACAUAGUCUUGGAAGUUUUAGCCACAGCAAUCAGAGAAGAAAAAGAAAUAAAGGAAUCCAACUCGGAAAAGAAGAAGUAAAGCUGUCACUGUUUGCAGAUGACAUGAUACUAUACAUAGAGAAUCCUAAAGAUGCUACCAGAAAACUACUAGAGCUAAUCAAUGAAUUUGGUAAAGUUGCAGGAUACAAAAUUAAUGCACAGAAAUCUCUUGCAUUCCUAUACACUAAUGAUGAAAAAUCUGAAAGAGAAAUUAAGGAAACACUCCCAUUUACCAUUGCAACGAAAAGAAUAAAAUACCUAGAAAUAAACCUACCUAAGGAGACAAAAGACCUGUAUGCAGAAAACUAUUAAGACACUGAUGGAAGAAAGAUGAUACAAACGGAGAGAUAUACCAUGUUCUUGGAUUGGAAGAAUCAACAUUGUGAAAAUGACUCUACUACCCAAAGCAAUCUACAGAUUCAAUGCAAUCCCUAUCAAACUACCAAUGGCAUUUUUCACAUUUUCAGAACUAGAACAAAAAGUUGCGCAAUUUGUAUGGAAACACAGAAGACCCCAAUAGCCAAAGCAAUCCUGAGAAAGAAAAAUGGAGCUGGAGGAAUCAGGCUCCCAGAUGUCAGACUAUAUUACAAAGCUACAGUAAUCAAGACAGUAUGGCACUGGCACAAAAGAAAUAUAGAUCAAUGGAACAGGAUAGAAGCCCAGAGAUAAACCCAUGCACAUAUGGUCACCUUAUCUUUGAUAAAGGAGGCAAGAAUAUACAAUGGAGGAAAGACAGCCUCUUCAAUAAGUGAUGCUGGGAAAACUGGACAGCUACAUGUAAAAGAAUGAAGUUAGAACACUCCCUAGCACCAUACACAAAAAUAAACUCAAAAUGGAUUAAAGACCUAAAUGUAAGGCCAGACACUAUAAAAGUCUCAGAGGAAAACAUAGGCAGAACACUCUAUGGCAUAAAUCACAGCAAGAUCCUUUUUGACCCACCUCCUAGAGAAAUGGAAAUAAAAACAAAAAUAAACAAAUGGGACCUAAUGAAACUUAAAAGCUUUUGCACAGCAAAGGAAACCAUAAACAAGACGAAAAGACAGCCCUCAGAAUGGAAGAAAAUAUUUGCUAAUGAAGCAACUGACAAAGGAUUAAUCUCCAAAGUAUACAAGCAGCUCAUGCAGCUCAAUAUCCAAAAAGCAAACAACCCAAUCCAAAAAUGGCCAGAAGACCUAAAUUGACAUUUCUCCAAAGAAGAUAUACUGAUUGCCAAUAAACACAUGAAAGGAUGCUCAACAUCACUAAUCAUUAGAGAAAUGCAAAUCAAAACUACAAUGAGGUAUCACCUCUCACCAGUCAGAAUGGCCAUCAUCAAAAAAUCUACAAAUAGUAAAUGCUGGAGAGGGUGUGGAGAAAUGGGAACCCUCAUGCACUGUUGGUGGGAAUGUAAAUGGAUACAGCCACUAUGGAGAUCAGUAUGGAGGUUCCUUUAAAAACUAAAAAUAGAACUACCAUAUGACCCACCAGUCCCCUACUGGGCAUAUACCCUGAGAAAACCAGAAUUCAAAAAGAGUCAUGUACCACAGUGUUCAUUGCAGCUCUGUUUACAAUAGCCAGGACAUGGAAGCAACCUAAGUGGCCAUUGACAGAUGAAUGGAUAAAGAGGAUGGGCACAUAUAUACAAUGGAAUAUUACUCAGCCAUAAAAAGAAAUGAAAUUGAGUUAUUUGUAGUGAGGUGGAUGGACCUAGAGACUGUCGUACACAGUGAAGUAAGAAAGAGAAAAACAAAUACCGUAUGCUAACACAUAUAUAUGGGCUCUAAAAAAAAAAAAAAAGUUCUGAAGAACCUAGGGGUAGGACAGGAAUAAAGACGCAGACGUAGAGCAUGGACUUGAGGACACGGGGAGGGGGAAGGGUAAGCUGGGACGAAGUGAGAGAGUGGCAUGGACAUAUAUACACUACCAAAUGUAAAAUAGGUAGCUAGUGGGAAGCAGCCACAUAGCACAGGGAGAUCAGCUUGGUGCUUU